AUGGAGUCCAACGCUGCCAACUACGUCGCUGAGACCGUCCAAGGUGCCACCGCCACCACCUCCAAGGAGGCCAACAAGUCAGUCGCCAAGGACAGCGACGCAAGCAUCGGAACCCGCGCCAGCGCCGGUAUCGAUGCUGUUAAGGACAAGGCCGAUGAGUCAGGACACAACACCAAGGCUGAUGUCCACAAGGAGGCUGCCAAGCACUAG